AUGAAAUUGCAGGGGUCCCUAGCCUAUCUCCUGCUGGCCCUGUGCCUGGGCAGUGGGGAGGCUGGCCCACUGCUCAGUGGAGGGGAGAGUGCUGCAGCAAGCAUGGGGGCCGGCUUUGGGGGUGGGGCUGGAGAGGCGGCCAGCUCUGGAGUCAGGCAGGCUAUGGACCCUGGGGUAGAAGAAGCCAUCAACCAUGGGGUUGGGGAAGUAGCCCAUGCUCUUGGAAACACUGGGGGUGAGAUCGGCAGAGAGGCUGAGGAUACCAUCCGACAUGGGAUAGAUGCUGCCCACAACUCCUGGCAAGGGGUGCCUGGCAGUAACAGUGCUUGGGGAACCAAUGGCCAGCCUGGAGGAGGCCAUGGCACCUCUGGCUCUCAGGGUGGCCUCGGUGGCCACAGCCAGGGAAAUCCUGGAGAAGCAGGGAAGCCCUGGGGCUACGGACAGCCCAGCGGCUCAGACGGCAGCUUUGGAACCAACUCUCAGGGAGGCUCCUGGGGUCAAGGAAGCAAUGGAGGACCCAAUGCUCAGGGGUUUGUGGCCCAACCUGGUUACGAGUCAGUGAGAGGGAGCAGUGGCAACCAGAAUAUCGAGUGCACCAACUUCCAACCUUCUGGCUCAGGUGGAAGCUCUAGCAAUUCUGGGGGAUCCAACGCUGGCUUCUCCUCAGGUAGCAGUGGUGGAAACGGUGGUAGCAGUAAACCUGGGUGUGACAACCCCGGGAACGAAAUCCGCAUGUCUGGAGGAUCUGGAGGUCAGGGGCAAGGGUACAGUGGGGAGAGUGGAAAGAGUGAAGCCAUCAGUGGAAUCAAUACUUUGAACUCUCAGACAUAUCCUGGGCCCUUCGACUUUGACACUUUCUGGAAGAAUCUGAAAUCCAAGCUGGUUUUCAUUAACUGGGAUGCCAUAAGCAAGAACCAAGUCCCACGUCCCAGCACUCGAGCCCUCCUCUACUUCACCCGUCUCUGGGAGGAUUUCAAACACAACACUCCUUUUCUCAACUGGAAAGCAAUUAUUGAGGGUGCAGACACGACAUCACCACAGAAGAGGUCGGGUGGUGCUGAUCAAUCUGGCCCAGGGUGGCAAGAGGUGGCAGCUGUAAUGUCUAAGGCAGGAUAUAUGCAUCACCCGGCCACCUGA